AUGGAGCACAGAAACAGGACCAAGGUCACUGAGUUCAUCCUUCUAGGGUUUCAAAAUGAGAAAGGUGUAGAAAUAUUUCUGUUUGUGGCAUUCCUUCUCAUGUACAUGACAUCUCUGAUUGGCAACACCAUGAUUAUCCUUUUGGUGUGUGUCGACUAUCGUCUGCACUCACCUAUGUAUUUUUUUGUAGCCAAUCUUUCUUUUCUUGAGGUCACCAUCACCUCUACAGUGGUGCCAAAGAUGUUAGCCAACACGUUUUCACUAAGAAAAGUGAUAUCUUUCUCGGGAUGCCUUACACAGUCUUUCUUCUACUUCCUCCUGGGAUCCACAGAAUUCUUCAUCCUGGCUGUCAUGUCCUACGAUCGUUAUGUUGCAAUCUGCAACCCACUGAGAUAUACUCUCAUCAUGAACAAACAGACAUGUAUAUUAUUGCUUCUGGGAUCCUACGUGGGUGCAUUUUUUUCCAUUUUCCCAUCAUCCAUCUUAACUGCACCUUUGCCCUUUUGUGGGCCAAAUGUAAUCAACCAUUUCUUCUGUGACAGUGCUCCAGUGCUAAAGCUUGUGUGUGCAGAUAUCUCCCUGGCUGAGCUGGCUGACUUCAUCUCCUCUGCAGUAUUGCUUUUGGGAUCUCUACUCCUAACAGGAGUGUCUUAUACCUACAUUGUCAUCACUAUCCUUAGGAUUCCCUCAGUCAAGGGGCGGCAGAAAGCAUUCUCCACCUGUUUUUCCCACAUCACAGUGGUUACACUUUAUUAUGGGAGCUCCAUCUUCAUCUAUGUUCGUCCAAAAAAAGGCAAUAUUAUGGACGUUAAUAAAUUUGCCACAGUGCUGAAUACUAUAGUAACGCCAAUGCUAAACCCCUUCAUCUACAGCCUGCGGAAUGAGAAAGUCAAAGAAUCCUUGAGAGAUGUCUUCAAUAAAUAUGUGUGCAGGAUUACAAAUUUAAGAUGUGAAAAAUGA